UGCACCGUGCAGGUCAAGUUAGAGCUGGGACACCGGGCCCAGCUGCGCAAGAAGCCCACCACGGAGGGCUUCACCCACGACUGGAUGGUGUUUGUCCGAGGCCCCGAGCAGUGUGAGAUCCAGCACUUCGUGGAGAAGGUGAUCUUCCGGCUGCACGACAGCUUCCCCAAGCCCAAGCGUGUGUGCAAGGAGCCCCCCUACAAAGUGGAGGAGUCGGGUUACGCUGGCUUCAUCAUGCCCAUUGAGGUGUACUUCAAAAACAAGGAGGAGCCGAGGAAGGUUUGCUUCACCUAUGACCUGUUCCUGAACCUAGAGGGCAACCCGCCCGUGAACCACUUGCGUUGUGAGAAGCUCACCUUUAACAACCCCACCACGGAGUUCCGCUACAAGCUGCUCAUGGCUGGCGGGGUCAUGGUAAUGCCCGAAGGAGCAGAAACGGUGUCCAGGCCCAGUCCCGACUACCCCAUGUUACCCACAAUUCCACUCUCUGCCUUCUCUGACCCCAAGAAGACCAAACCAUCCCACGGCUCCAAGGACGCCAAUAAGGAGAGCAGCAAGGCCUCUAAGCCGCACAAGGUGACCAAGGAGCACCGUGAGCGGCCCCGCAAGGACUCGGAGAGCAAGAGCUCCUCCAAGGAGCUGGAGCGUGAGCAGGCCAAGAGCUCCAAGGACGCCGUGCGCAAGCUGGGAGAGGGCCGGCUGCCCAAGGAGGAGAAGGCCCCGCCCCCCAAGGCUGCGUUCAAGGAGCCCAAGAUGGCCCUGAAGGAGACCAAGCUGGAGGGCAUGUCCCCCAAGGGGGCGCCCCAGCCCUCGGCCCUGCCCAAGGCUUCCAGCAAGCGGCCAGCCCCCGCGGACUCGCCAAAGCCCAGCGCCAAAAAGCAGAAGAAGAGCAGCUCGAAGGGGUCCCGGAGCGCUCCCAGCACCUCACCCCGCACCUCGUCUUCCUCCUUCCCGGACAAGAAGCCGGCCAAGGACAAAAGUGGCCCUCGCAUGGAGAAGGUGAAGGCCGAGAGCGAAUCCAGGGAGGCCCGCAAGGCCCUGGAGGUAGAAGGCUCCAACUCAGAGGAUGAGGCCUCCUUCAAAUCCGAGUCCGCACAGUCAAGCCCAUCCAACUCGAGCUCCAGCUCUGACUCCAGCUCCGACUCAGAUUUUGAGCCUUCCCAGAACCACAGCCAAGGGCCCCUGCGCUCCAUGGUGGAGGACCUGCAGUCCGAGGAGUCGGAUGAGGACGACUCUUCAUCGGGUGAGGAGGCCACUGUCAAGGUGAACCCAGGCCGGGAUUCCAGGUUGAGCUUCAGCGACAGCGAGAGCGACAACAGCGGUGACUCCUGCCUGCCUGGCCGCGAGCCCCCACCUCCGCAGAAGCCGCCCCCACCCAACAGCAAGGCAUCGGGCCGGAGGAGCCCUGAGCCCUGCAGCAAGCCUGAAAAGAUCCUCAAGAAGGGAGCCUACGACAAGGCCUACACAGACGAGCUGGUGGAGCUGCACCGGCGGCUGAUGGCGCUGAGGGAGCGCAACGUGCUGCAGCAGAUCGUGAACCUCAUUGAGGAGACCGGCCACUUCAACGUCACCAACACCACCUUCGACUUCGACCUCUUCUCCCUGGACGAGAGCACCGUGCGCAAGCUGCAGAGCUACCUAGAGGCCGUGGCCACAUGACCCUGGGUGGGAGCUGGGCCCUGCCCCCCGCCGGGGUCCUGGGAGGCCACGCAGGCCCCACCUGCCUCCCUUCUCUCCACGCACCGCCUACAGCACUGCCUUAGCGACCGCCCCGCCCGGCCCUCACAGCCAGCUGCACUUUCCUGGGUGGCUCCCGAGUGCCCUGGGCCGUCUGGUGGGCACCCGGGCACAGUCACCCGGGCACAGCCACCCGGGCGCCCCUUGGAGGGCGGUUUGUGCAGAAGGCAGAGCUGGGCCUGGUUCCCAGAAGAGAAAGUAGCUCACGCAGAACGGGCGUGGCUGAGGGCCCCCAGCUCCGCCUUGCAACUGCGGGCCUCUGAGCAGCCGGCCGUCCUGUGCGCGGCGCCCCCAAACGGUUCAGAAGGUGCCGGGGCUGCAGGCCCUCGGAGGCCCGUGAGGUCUGCGGCCGGCCAGGCCGGCCCGUCUGUACAGCUGUCUGUGUAUUAUAUAUAUGUGCGCUGCGUGUGUUCCGGAGCGGGUCCCGUGUGCGUUUCUGUGCCGAGCUGCACGUGGGGGGUGGGGGGUGGGGGGGCUUGUAGGUUAAGAUGUCUGUGGGGGUCUUGUCUCGGGCUGGCCCUCUCCAGGGCGCAAAGGGAGCCUCCCCCUGGUUCCAAGGAUGCCAGGCUCCCAGGCCAGUGAACACUACAGCCGCUCCGGGGUGGCCUGUCCUCAGGGCCAGGGCCACACGUGUCAGCGCCUCGGGGCUCCUCCUCCAUAGGACCCUCUUCCUUCACAGUCAUCGAUCAAGUCUUCGAACUUUGAACAAAUGAGCUUUUGCCAAAUAAGACGGGACAGUUUGUGUUGGGAGGCGCAUGUGGGCCGCCUCCUCUCCAGCCGCGGCCUUCGCUUCCGCCAGGCCCAGCCUGGGACAUUCUCCUGUCUGCCUGAGGUUCUCCAAGGGCCACGCCACUCAGCCUCACUGGGCCAGCAGCCCUGGUGCAGCGCGCCCGCCCCCGGUGGUCCCGGCCCCGGCCCUGUGCCUCCGGAACCCGUCCUGACUUCAGUCAUUGCCAGUGUUGGUGCCCUGACCAAGGUGUGGCUGGGGGCAGUGGGGCCCCGGACGGCCCCGUGCCCUCUUCCCUCUCACUAGGUGCCCCUCUUUCCCGUUACGGGCUCAGAGGGAGGCCCUGGCCUCUUCCCUGAGUUCCCUGCUCCUGUCCCUGCCCUGAGUCCACCGGAACACUCCCCGGGGGACCCCUGCCUACAAGGCGUCGCCCACACCAGCAUUGCUGGGGGCCCCCCACAUUCUCGGGGAGAAGCCCGACAACUCCGCAGGGAGCUCCUGCAGCCCCUCUGGCCUCUGUGGCCACUCUGACUGCCCUCAGGCCCCGCUGCCACGUCCUCUUCCCAGGCAGGCCAGCAAUACUCACGGCGGGUCCUUGUCACCGCCCCUCCGGGAACUCUCCAAGACAUGGGACAGAAGGACCUGGCCCCCUGCUGUGGGGCCACAUGCAGAAGCCUCAGCUCCAGGCAGUGGCCUUCCUCUUGCCUGAGGAUCCUGAGAGCCCCACGGCGACCCGGGCUGGGCGCUUUGCCACCUUUGUGGUGGCAUCUGGCCCUUCCCGCAGUAUCCGGGACCUUCAGGAGCACCAACCCACUUCUCAGUUACCUCCUCUGGCCGGAAGGCCUCACCGCUGUCCUCCAGAGCCGCUCUGGGACCCGCCGUCUCCGUGACAGCCGAAGGAGACGGCUGCCCUGGUGAAGGGUGCACCAGGGCCCUGGCUGCAGCCUUCCCAGCGGCCCCACCCCACCCCCCCCGCCGGCGGUCAUGGACAGCUGGGCCCGCGCGGGCUCUGGGGACAUCUCCAUAGGAAGGGGCCGGCGCCUUGUGAUUGCCACAUGUCCUGUGUUAUGCCGCCUGUCCCCAGUGUAAACCCCGUGUUUCCUCUCCUGAAUGAAUUGUAAACUGACGCCAGAACACAAAAGGUAUCGAAUACCUUCCUUCCCCACAAGGGUUUUUAACCAAGAAUGUGUCUCGCUAGGAACUGGACACUUAACCGGCCCAAGACCGACUCCUGGAUCAAAGGACAAAGGAGACGUGUGUUUGUGAUGAGUUGCAGGAUUGUUUCUGUCCUGGAUUUUAAACUUUUUGUUAAAAUUGUGAAAUUAUGGAGGAGUUUUAUAGAAAAAAAGUGAAAUAAAGUCAGAAUGGAAAGCAGA